AUGAGAGAUACCGAUAUUCUACUUACCUGGAUGCUGUUAUGCAGUGCUACAGUUGCCCAAGUAGCUAGGCAGCCUGAAGUCGCUGCUCAAUACUUCGCGCAACAGCAACAAUCUUUGGGAACUUCCGAAGGUGAUGAUACAAGUUCUUCGUCCAGUUAUCGCGGCUUCCAACUGUGGAGCGAAAAUAACAAACUCCAUGCCACAACGCUCUCAAAGCUCAGCCCGGCAUGUAGGGCAUCUAUGACGCAGAGGAUUCACUGUCACCAGAAGACGCGAUCCUUGCAGCGGCAGUGGGCGCGUUGGAGGCAGGAUCCGGGUCUGGGAAACAACACGCUUAGCGAUCUUGUCUGUGACAGCGGUUGCGGGGAGUCCCUCGCCACGUGGUUUCUGAGCGUCGAGCGCGAUUGCGCCACGUUGGAGGAGAGGAUGCUUUUUCCAACCCUGCGGGGUGGACAGCUGUGGGCGGGUUGGAACGAGACUUGUCUUAGGGAUGAGGGAACAGGGGGAUACUGUGGUGAUGUUAUCAAUGGCUUUAGCAAAUUCUUAAUAGAUGAAAUGCCGAUCGAAGAACUCUGCUCCUUCUGCAACGUGCAAUGGCAUCGUGUCAUGCAAACGUCACCCUUCUCUCUCUACGACAGAAACUACAAAUCGCGCCUCGAACACAUCAACCGUGCCUGUGAUCUCGACCUGCCCACAGCCAUCCCGAAGCUCGUGCUCUCCGAGGAUCCACAUAUAGAGCGGGACCCGUACUGCGCGACCCUUCUUUCAUACACUACCUCAUCAGGGGACACAUGCGACAGCAUUGCGGCGCAGUUCCAGGUUGCCUCGGCGGCUGUUCGAGCCGCGAGUUGGCCGCUCAUCGACUGUUUCGCUAUUCCCGAGGGUACGAAGUUGUGCACUCCGUUCAGGUGUAAAACCUAUACCCUCAGAGAUGGGGACACGUGCGACUCAAUCGAGCGGGAGCUUGACUUGAAACCCUGGCUUGGAGUCUCGGCAAUCCGGGCGUAUAAUCCCUGGUCCCUGUUCGCACAUCAACUAUUCGAUAAACCACACAAUAUGGGCUGGCUCGGUACCCUUGGACCUGUGUACGGCGACCACGCAAGUGACAAACCCGACAACACCAUUCCAGUCCUCAACAACGAGAACGGGGACAUUAAUGCCGGCUACGGUGGAAAAUUCGUCUGGCUAGUCGCCCAGUACCACGCGGAGCGAGGCACGGGGAUCUCCGACAUCCGGGUCGUCUUCUCCGACCACGCACGCGAGGGGGCCUUGGACCUGGCCAAGGGAGCGGGCGGGCUGUAUCGAUACUUGGAGUUUCGCUAUGGCGGCGAGGGCGAGCGACAUGUGAGGCAGGUGGUGCUUGCGCGGCGGAGCGAGCCCAUGAACGCGGCCACCGCGCAGAGGCUGGGCUUCCAGGACUUCAGCGACAACAUCGACCACGGUCGCGGGUCGUUCAUAUACUUGCUGUGGAAUUAUUGA